UCUGAUAUUCUUGCUGUCUCACCGCUCUCCUCUUCACUUUCUCUACUUUUCCUGUUCGAUUUACGACACACAUCCUUCUCUACAGUCUCAAUCGAGCUUUCGAGAGGAUCGUUGAAUCAUUUCUAUCCUACCCCGCCUCAAAUUUUCACUCACUACCGCCAGGAUGGUUCAAUCCUCCAUCCUUGGUUUCCCUCGCAUGGGUGCCAACCGAGACCUCAAGAAGGCCACCGAAGCAUACUGGGGUGGCAAAAUCUCUCAGGAUGACCUGUUGGCUGAGGGCAAGAGACUCAGAUUGGAGCACUGGAAGAUUCAGAAAGAUGCCGGAAUCGAUAUCAUUCCAAGCAACGACUUUGCUUUCUAUGAUCAGGUUCUAGACCACAUCCAGCUGUUCGGUGUUAUUCCCGAACGCUACACCAAGUACAACCUCGCUCCUAUCGAUGAGUACUUUGCCAUGGGUCGUGGUCUGCAAAGACCUGCCACCGGCGGUGCUCCAGCUGUCGAUGUGCCUGCCUUGGAAAUGGUCAAAUGGUUCGACUCAAACUACCACUAUGUCAAGCCUACCCUCCAGGACAACCAAGUCUUCAAGCUCUCCUCCAAACCCAAACCCGUCACAGAAUUCCUUGAAGCCAAGGAAGCUGGCAUCGUCACGAGACCUGUUCUUCUUGGACCGGUGUCCUUCCUGUACCUCGGAAAGGCGGACCGUGGUCAAUCCAUCGACCCCAUUUCUGCCCUUGACAAGCUCCUGCCUCUCUACGUGGAUCUGCUCAAGCAAUUGAAAGAAGCGGGCGCAGAAACUGUCCAGAUCGACGAGCCCAUCUUGGUCUUCGAUCUGCCUGCGGCUGUGAAGCAAGCAUUCAAGCCUGCCUACGAGAAGCUUGGAGGUCUCGGAAGCAAAAUUGUUCUCGCUACCUACUUUGGUGACAUUGUCCACAACAUUGAAGUUCUUGAGUCAUUGAAGAACCUCUACGCCAUCCACGUCGACCUGGUCCGCAAUCCCGAGCAGUUUGAGACCGUCGCUGCUGCGUUGGGCCCUCAACAAAUCUUGUCGGCUGGUGUUGUCAACGGUCGUAACAUCUGGAAGACCAACUUCAAGCAUGCCAUUGAGAUUGUCGAGACCGCCAUCCAGAAACUUGGCAAGGAUCGAGUCAUCGUUGCCAGCUCCAGCUCUCUUUUGCACACUCCUCAUACUCUCGCUAGCGAGAAGAAGUUGUCCCCUGAGAUUGCUGACUGGUUCAGCUUUGCAUGCGAGAAGGCCAAAGAAAUUGCCACCAUUGCAAAGGCUGUCACUGAUGGCCCCGCUUCCGUCCGAGAAGCCCUCGAAGCCAACGCUAAGUCAAUGCAAUCCCGUGCUUCUUCAAGCAUCACCAACGAUCCGGCUGUCAAGGACCGACAAAGCAAGGUUACCGAACAGAUGCACAACCGCAAGUCGCCUUUCCCUGCUCGUAUUUCUCAACAACAGCAGCGCCUCAACUUGCCUCUGUUCCCAACCACCACUAUUGGAUCUUUCCCUCAAACCAAGGAAAUCCGUGUCCAGCGUAACAAGCUGACCAAGAACGAGAUCUCUGCUGAGCAAUACGAGAAGUUCAUUGAGCAGGAGAUCCAGGCCAAUGUCAAGAUUCAGGAUGAGCUCGAUCUUGAUGUCUACGUUCAUGGUGAGCCAGAGCGAAAUGACAUGGUUCAAUACUUUGGUGAACGCCUGAAGGGUUACGCCUUCACCACCAAUGGGUGGGUCCAAUCAUAUGGUUCUCGUUGCGUCCGACCACCCAUCGUUGUAGGAGACAUUUCACGACCACUUCCAAUGACUGUCAAGGAAUCGAAAUAUGCAGCUUCGAUCUCCAAGAAGCCCAUGAAGGGCAUGUUGACAGGUCCCAUCACUUGCUUGCGAUGGUCAUUCCCGCGUGAUGAUGUCCACCAGUCCGUUCAGGCUCAACAAUUGGCUCUCGCACUUCGUGAUGAAGUCGUUGACCUAGAGAAAGCCGGCGUCUACGUUAUCCAGGUCGAUGAACCUGCUCUGCGUGAAGGUCUGCCUCUCCGUACUGGCAAGGAGCGCACCGAUUACUUGAAAUGGGCUGUCGAUUCUUUCCGCCUUUCAACUGCGGGUGUCGAAGAUGGCACACAGAUCCACAGCCAUUUCUGCUACUCGGAGUUCCAGGACUUCUUCUAUGCUAUUGCAGCUCUCGAUGCUGACGUUCUCUCCAUCGAGAACAGCAAGUCUGAUGCUAAGCUGCUCAAGGUCUUUGUCGACGAAGCUUAUCCUCGUCACAUUGGACCCGGUGUCUAUGACAUCCAUUCUCCUCGAGUCCCCUCCCAGAAGGAGAUCGAGGACCGCAUUGCCGAGAUGUUGCAAUACUUGAAGCCAGAACAGUUGUGGAUCGACCCUGACUGUGGUCUCAAGACUCGUCAAUGGACUGAAACCAAGGCUGCCUUGGUCAACAUGGUCAACGCGGCCAAGACUUUCCGUGCCAAGUACACUAAGUAAAAAAGUGACCUCCCAACAGCUUACAUUGGGUCUAUCCGGCGUGAAAUGGUGUGUUUAAUGGAAUUACUCGAUCAAUCAACCUGAUCUGAGGUCUAUGGCGUUACUUUUGGGGGGCGAGAACAAUCAAAAAAAUAAUCAAUGGUGAAAAAGAAAUGGUUGGACGGAUGAAUUGACGAAGCGAAACGAAAAAAAGUGUUUUUCAACAUGAUACCACUGAUAGCAUGGGAGCUGGCGAUAGUCGAUUUAACAUCGGCGUUAUUAUCUUUUCAACACGGGCUAGCUCUGAUACCAGGCAGGAGAGUUUUAACAUCAUGGGCGAUUGAGAUGAUGAUGAUGACAAUGUAUGUGUGUGUUGUUGUUUUGUGUGUUAUGGGAUAUGGGAUAUGAUGGGUCACUUCAACAGCAAUUAACUUGCACGACCCAUGGUUUUUCAUAUAGGCAAUUCAUCUGACGAGUACCUAUUGUACUUGUCGAGAAUUGAGAAUUGUGAGAGUAGAUUCGAUUCCUGCAUAUGACAUUAUGGUGUUAGUAAAUGAGCAUGAG